GGGGGCGGGGCCGUGCGGUGCGGUGCUGUGCGGUGCGAUGCGGAUGGAGCGUGGCGGACCCCGAUGAGGCCCCCGAGAGGCGAAGCGACUUCCCCGAGGUCACACGGACGGGUGGCGGAAGCCGGGAUUGGAACCCAGGUCCUCCAGAGCCCCGGGCCUGCGCUUGGACGAUGGGUUGACGGAGCGACGCUUCGGGAAAUCGAUCGGUGCGGCGGCAGCACCUGGGUCUUCCCCCUCCUGCCCCAGAGAGCCAGUUAAAGGCGGCGUGAGGAGCCAGAACUCCCGGGUCCCUCUCACCGGACUGGUCGCCGCCUCCUCAGGAGACGUCCAGUCGGCCUGACCCGUGGCCCCAGGAUCUCCGGAGCUGGGCCCUGAGCUGACCAGGGCCACCAGCAUCAUGUCGACCAACAACCAGCCUCAGGACAGGUUCAAGGCGGUGUGGCUCAUCUUCUUUGUGCUGGGGCUGGGCACCCUGUUGCCAUGGAACUUCUUCAUGACAGCCACUCAAUACUUCACCAGCCGCCUGCAGUCCGCUGAGAAUGGGUCGGCGCUGGAGCGAAGCGGCGCCUCCACCCAGGAGCCUCCCAGGGUGUCGUCCCCUUCGGCCCUGGCCGGCGCCUUCAACAACUUCAUGACGCUCUGCGCCAUGCUGCCCUUGCUGCUCUUCACCUGCCUCAACUCCCUGGUCCACCAGAGGAUCCCUCAGCGGGUGCGAAUCCUGGGGAGCCUCCUGGCCAUCCUGCUGCUCUUCAUGAUCACCGCUGCCCUGGUCCGGGUCCCGCUCCAGCCGCUUCCGUUCUUUGUUCUCACCAUGGUCAAGAUCGUCCUCAUCAAUUCUUUUGGGGCCAUCCUGCAGGGCAGCCUGUUCGGCCUGGCCGGCCUCCUGCCCAUCAGCUACACUGCACCGAUCAUGAGCGGCCAAGGCUUGGCUGGCACCUUCGCCGCCCUCGCCAUGAUCUGCGCCAUCGCCAGCGGCUCAGAGCUGUCGGAGAGCGCCUUCGGCUACUUCGUCACGGCCUGCGUGGUCAUCGUGCUGGCCGUGUUGUGCUACGUGGUCCUGCCUAAGCUGGAAUUCUUCCGCUACUACCAGGUCCAGGACAAGAAUGAGUAUCGGGUGGGUGAGGGUCCCACGGAGCAGGAGACCAAGAUGGAUCUGAUCCAGAAAAGAGAAGAAUCUGGCCACGGGGACGAGAAGGAAACUGUCGUCUCGAGCACCCAGACCCCCUUAAAGAGCGGCUCCGUGAUCUCCAUCUUUAAGAGUAUCUGGGACCUGGCCCUCUCCGCCUGCUUUGUCUUCACGGUCACCAUUGGCAUCUUCCCUGCCGUGGCCGCCGACGUGAAGUCCUCCAUCGCAGGGAGCAGCACCUGGGGGAAGUACUUCAUUCCGGUCUCCUGCUUCCUCACUUUCAACAUCUUUGACUGGGCAGGCCGCAGCCUCACGGCCAUCUGCAUGUGGCCCGGGAAGGACAGCCGCUGGCUCCCGGCCCUGGUGCUGGCGCGUCUGAUCUUCGUGCCCGCCGUCAUGCUCUGCAACGUGCAGCCGCGCCAAAACCUGCCCGUGCUCUUUGCCCACGACGCCUGGUUCCUCCUCAUCAACGCCCUCUUCGCCUUCUCCAACGGCUACCUCGCCAGCCUCUGCAUGUGCUUCGGACCCAAGAAGGUAAAUGCGAUGGAAGCAGAGACGGCUGGUGCAGUCAUGGCCUUCUUCUUGUCACUGGGCCUGGCGCUGGGGGCCAUCUUCUCCUUCCUGUUCCGGACCAUCGUGUGACCCGGCCCCGCUCCGCCCCCCGCUCCCCGGCCCGGUCAGGAGUCAGGGGGACCGGCCGGCCGGCGUUCUUCUCCCUCUGGCCGAGGCUUGCCCCCCGAGCGGAACUCUGCUCUGUCACUGCCGCUUUCCAAGCCAGUGGAGAAGGGAUGAUGCUUUCCCUGACCCCCACUUUGGGCCCAAGAACUCUGUGAGGGGCUGCCUGGGCCUGGAGGAGCCCUCCCACCGGGGAGGGGGCAGGAGCCCCAGCUUCCUUCCAGAGGUGGGGCCAACCGAGAAUCCGGGAGGUCGGGGAGGGGAUGGGGAAGGCCGGAGCCUGGGCUUAAGGCUGCAGUGAUCUGCAAAGCUAAAAUGGACACCAGAUUAACCUCUGGGAAAGACAGUGUUUGUUCAGUCAGUGAAUGUGUGUCGGGGGGGAGGGGGUGUUUGUGUGUUUGAAUGGGUCCAUGUCUGAGUUUGUGUGUGUAUGUGUGUGUGUUUGCACAUGGGGUUGGGCAGGAGGCUUGUGGGAGUCCAGAUUCUUUUGCCAUAUUCCUCUUCCUGGACCUUGUUGGCCUUCCAGCACCUCCUGACAUCCAGCCCGAGUUCUCUCCCCGAAUCCCAGCCCUCCCCCCCCCCCACGUGCCCUCGUGGGUAAAUGCAGAUGUGUACCCCGUUGCCAUUUUAUUGCCUUUUUAUACAGUUCAGAGGGGGGCCUCCCACCCGGGGCCCUGCUGCUUGCAUCUCUGGGAUUAAAAAAAAAAUUAUAUCUA